AUGGCUGAAGGCGUCUUGUUCGAUUUGGCUGGACAACUCUUGGGGGGUCUGGCAUCAUUGGCUUACCAAGAACUUGGUUUGGCUUGGGGAGUCAAAGCAGAAAUCAGCAAGCUUAACCACACUGUUUCCUUGAUCAAAGGUGUGCUUCGUGAUGCGGAGGAGCAACAAAGGAACAACAACCAUGCAGUAACGGAAUGGCUCAGCCAGCUCAAAGAUGUACUUUACGAUGUGGAUGACUUGCUUGAUGAUUUUUCUACUGAAGCUUUGAGGCGAAAGAUAAUGAGCGGGAAUGAAAUGGUGAAAGAGGUACGCAUUUUCUUCUCCAAAUCAAACCAGCUUGCAUAUAGUCUCAAGAUGGGUCAUAGAGUUAAAGCCAUUAGAGAGAGACUAGAUCAAAUUGCAACUGAUAGAGCCAAAUUUGACUUCACUGAACGCCCUAUAGAGUCACUGGUUGAACUUAGGGAGAGGGACCAUACUUAUUCGUUUGUGCGUGCAGAAGAAAUAAUUGGAAGAGAUGAUGAUAAAAAGAAAAUUGUAGAACAGCUGCUACAAAUCGAACCUGAAGAAAAUGUAUCACUUGUUCCCAUAAUAGGGAUUGGAGGAUUAGGAAAGACCACAUUAGCUAAAAUGGUGUUCAAUGAUGAAAACGUCGGGAAACAUUUCCAGCUAAAAAUAUGGGUUUGUGUCUCAGAGAAGUUUGAGAUAAAAGUCGUUGUGGAAAAAAUCAUCGAGGCUGCAACUGGAAGAAAACCGGAAAACGAAAUGGAAACACUGCAAAAUAUUCUUCGAGAGAACAUUAAUGGAAAGAAGUACUUGCUAGUCCUAGAUGAUGUAUGGAAUGAGGACCGUGAAAAAUGGCUCAAUUUGAGAAAUUUGCUAUUAGAUGGUGCAAGGGGAAGUUGGAUUGUUAUCACUACUCGUAGUAUGCGGGUCGCAGAAAUCACAGGCACAGUUUCACCACAUGAGCUUGAAGGAUUGUCAAAGGGCCAAUCUUGGUCACUGCUGAAGCAAAUGGCAUUUAAAGAACAAAGCCACGAAUCCAACAGGUCAGACUUUGAAGCAAUUGGGAUGGAGAUUGUUGAGAAGUGUAAAGGGGUCCCUCUUGCCUUAAGGGCGAUAGGAAGUGUACUAUUUAACAGAACAGAAGCAGAAUGGUUAAAGGUGAAGAAUAAUGUUGUUAAGUAUAUAACUCGACCAGAAAGUGGCAUUAUGCCAAUUUUAAAGUUGAGUUAUGAUCAUCUUCCAACGCAUUUGAGGCAAUGUUUUGCUUAUUGCUCUUUAAUUCCGAAGGACGCUGAGUUUGAGGUUGAGUAUUUGAUCAUGGAUUGGAUGGCCCAAGGGUUUAUCCAGCCACUAAGUGGAGACGAAGAUCUAGAAGAUGUUGGGCAUGAGUAUUUCAUGGAUUUGCUUUGGAGAUCUUUUUUUCAAGUUGCAGAAGAAGAUGAUUCGGGAAAUGUGAAGAGAUUCACAAUGCACGAUCUAAUGCAUGAUCUUGCAUGCUCUGUUGCUGGGACUGAGUACUGCAUUGCAAGUCUAGAAGCAGAAAAUGCAGAUGGAAGAACUCGCCAUGUGUUAUUUGAAGAUGAAUUAGAUGCUUCUUGGAAAAUUCCAAGCACUUUGCUCAAAUCAAAUAGACUAAGGACAAUAUUUCUUCCGAAUGGCACCUUGAAUCAAUCCAUUUGCAAUUCACUUAUUUCUAAUUUUAGGUACCUACGCUCUUUGAAUUUGAGUUUAGGUAUUGAGAGGUUACCAGAUUCCAUAGGCGAAUUGCAACAUUUAAGGGCUCUUUAUCUUCAUAGAAAUUAUUUUCUUAAAAAACUGCCUGGUUCUUUAUCUAGGCUACAGAAUUUGCAAACAUUACGUCUUUCUGGUUGCUAUGCUCUCGAAAAAUUACCGAGGAAAACAACAAGGUUAGUUAGCCUCAAAUAUCUUUAUAUUGAUCGUUGUCCUAGGUUGGCUUACAUGCCACGUGGACUGGGGCAACUAACUUGUCUGCGAAAGUUAAACCAGUUUGUUGUGGGAAAGAGAGGCAAGGAAGUUGGUGAGUUAAGGGAAUUGAAUGGACUGAACAACCUCAAAGGAAAAAUAGAUAUUUCUUCUUUACAAAAUGCUAUUCCAGAGCCUGGAUCUUCUUGCUUGAAAAAAUUGAAUUUGAAAUACUUAAUAUUGAGCUGGGAUAGAGUAGAUGAUGUGAGAAAUGAGAAGCAUGAAAUGGUUUUUGAAGGCCUCCAACCACACCCAAAUCUAGAGAGGCUUGAGGUGUAUGGGUAUCCGGGAAGCAAGAUUUCUAGAUGGUUGUCUUCCAUCACCAGUUUAAAUAAACUUAUUUUAAAGAAUUUUGUUGAAUGUAAGCAUCUGCCACCAUUGCAUCAGCUCUCUUCCCUCAAAUUUCUUUGGCUUUCAGGAUUUAAAGUUUUGGAGAAUGUGUCUGAGAUUGAAAUGCAAAAGGAGUAUUCUUCAAAAUCAACAAAAUUUUUUCCAUCCUUAGAGAAACUCCAACUCUUAUCUUGCCCAAAUCUCAAGGGAUGGUGGAGGGGUGAUGGUAAUGAAGCUGCAAAUGCACAGCUGCCUUGCUUUCCUUGCCUAUUCAGAUUUGACAAUACGAUGGUGCCCUAA